CGUUUGUGUCAGUGUAAAUGAUCAGGUAGUAAUGGAGCUAAGCCACGAUUUUUCCGGAUAACGUUCAGUGCGUUGUUUUAUUAGUACCGACAUAUUUCGUCAUUUAGAAUAUUUCUGACCUCUUAAUAACUGUAGAAGAUGCCGGGUCACAGGGCUGAGAGAGGGGAGAAGGUAGAGGUCAGUGACAACGUGAAGGUGGUGGUGCGGUGUCGCCCCCUCAACCAGAAAGAGAAAGUCAUGGGCUUCAAGCAGGCGGUUUUGGUUGACGAGAUCCGGGGCAGCAUCACCGUCAACAGGGCAGACACCCCCAACGAGCCCCCAAAGACCUUCACGUUUGACACCGUCUUCGGGCCUGACAGCAAGCAGCUUGACGUUUAUAAUCUGACGGCCAGACCCAUCAUCGACUCGGUCUUGGAAGGUUAUAAUGGAACCAUCUUUGCUUAUGGUCAGACGGGGACCGGGAAGACGUUCACCAUGGAGGGUGUCAGAGCAGUGCCUGAGCUCAGGGGCAUUAUUCCAAACUCAUUUGCUCACAUUUUUGGCCACAUUGCCAAAGCAGAAGGAGAUACCAGGUUCUUGGUUCGAGUUUCCUACUUGGAAAUCUACAAUGAAGAAGUUCGAGACUUACUGGGAAAGGACCAGUUGCAGAGGUUAGAGGUAAAGGAAAGGCCGGAUGUGGGCGUGUACAUUAAGGAUUUGUCGGGCUAUGUGGUCAACAAUGCUGAUGACAUGGACAGGAUCAUGACACUUGGGCACAAGAACCGUUCUGUUGGAGCCACAAAUAUGAACGAGCACAGCUCACGCUCCCACGCCAUCUUUACCAUCACGAUCGAGUGCAGCGAGAAGGGCGUUGACGGCAACCAGCACGUGCGCAUGGGCAAACUCCAUCUUGUAGACUUGGCUGGAUCUGAGAGGCAGGGGAAGACUGGAGCCACUGGACAGCGACUGAAGGAGGCCACAAAAAUCAACCUGUCCCUGUCCACCCUGGGAAACGUAAUUUCAGCCCUGGUGGAUGGCAAGAGCACUCACGUUCCGUACAGGAACUCCAAACUCACCCGGCUGCUGCAGGACUCUUUGGGCGGGAAUUCAAAGACAAUGAUGUGUGCCAACAUCGGGCCAGCAGACUACAACUACGACGAGACCAUCAGUACCUUGCGCUACGCCAACCGUGCCAAGAACAUCAAGAAUAAAGCCAGAAUCAAUGAGGACCCCAAGGAUGCCCUCCUGCGCCAGUUCCAGAAGGAAAUUGAGGAUCUGAAGAGGAAGUUGCUAGAGGGUAUGACCCACUUUCACUUUUCCCUUUGUGGUCAACUUUGGUCCGAAAGGUCAGGAUGUCAGGCUUCUCGCUGCAGUGGCCUGGAGAUGAAGACUUUGUUCUUUUUAGGAAAGAAGAAGGUGUCCCCUGAAAAGAUGGUGGAGAUGCAGGCCAAGAUUGAGGAGGAGAGGAGGGCUCUGGAGGCCAAGCUGGACAUGGAGGAAGAGGAGAGGAAUAAGGCUCGAGCCGAGCUGGAGAAGAGGGAGAAGGAUCUCCUUAAAGCCCAGCAUGAACACCUCUUGCUGCUGGAGAAACUGUCUGCCCUCGAGAAGAAGGUCAUUGUCGGGGGAGUGGACCUGCUGGCCAAGGCUGAGGAGCAGGAGAGGCUACUGGAGGAGUCCAACAAUGAGCUGGAGGAGAGGCGUCGGCGGGCGGAGCGGCUCCACCGGGAGCUGGAGGAGAAGGAGCAAGAGCGCCUUGACAUUGAGGAGAAGUACACCAGCUUGCAGGAGGAAGCGCAAGGAAAAACCAAGAAGCUGAAGAGGGUCUGGACCAUGCUUAUGGCUGCCAAGUCAGAGAUGGCAGAUCUGCAGCAGGAGCACCAACGGGAGAUCGAGGGGCUUCUGGAGAACAUCCGUCAGCUCAGCCGUGAGCUUCGGCUCCAGAUGCUGAUCAUCGACAACUUCAUCCCGCAGGAAUACCAGGAGAUGAUUGAGAAUUAUGUGCACUGGAACGAAGACAUUGGGGAGUGGCAGCUGAAAUGUGUGGCCUACACCGGAAACAACAUGAGGAAGCAGACCCCAGGCCAGGAUAAGAAGGAAUCCGAUCCCUUGGAAGUGGACCUGUCCCACGUGUACCUGGCCUACACAGAGGAGAGUAUGAGGCAGUCCAUCAUGAAGCAGGAGCGACCGCGGGCUCCAAGGAGUGGGAAGUCCAGGCCGAAGACCAGCAGGCGGAAACGACCCACUAAACCAGAGACUGCGAUUGAGUCCCUUCUGCAGUAACGGGAGAACACCUCAGCUCUGUGGGAUGAGUACAUGGGAAAGGCCUUCACUACUUCAGGGGACGAUAGAGGCAUCGGACUGUGAACCAUGGGCAUCUGUGCUUUAAAAUGGACUGUGAAAAAGACCAAGCACCUUGUACAAAAACUGUGUGUUGCGUCAUACUGAAUGUGUAGGUCCUACAGUAUAUUAAUGGUUAUAUGUAGAGAUGAAGCAGUGCUUCCCCUUUCCUACGCAGUAACACUAUUACCAGCCAGUCUAUGCAUGUUGUUUGCCCUCUGAAUUCACUUUUAUUUACUUUACCACUAAGCACUCCCUUUUACGUGUCAGCCUUUGAAUCGUCUGUUCAAACGUGGUUGGAGAUGACAGGACCUUCCAGAUGAUGGUCAUUCUCUUCAUGAGUCUAAGGGUAGUAAGGGCAGUAGGUGUUUCCUUGGGUAUUGUGUACUGUUUCCCUGUUAAUGUACGCUGGCUACGUAGCAGAAUGUGUGGUUACAUGUUGGUGAUGUAUAUCCAUGUCAUUCUCAGCAUUUCUAUUAUUUCGACACACAAACUUAUUUUGUUUUUCUUUAAAAUUGUCUGAGUUUAACAUUUGAGUUGUAUGCAGUUGAGUUGCAAAGUUAGGUAUUUUGAAUGAGUUUAUUAUUGAAAUGAUAUAUAUAUAAUGUGUGUAUAGACAAAGAUAAUUAGCAUGUUCGCUGUGGUCAGGAGACCUCGCAGCUGCCGCUUGUCCCAUAUAGCCUGAUCAAUCAAGGGCAUCUGGAAAGUGCUGCAGAAGUGACUCAUUCUGUCCAGGCCAGUUCACGUCAGAUCACUGCAACCUAGAUUAAAAUUUUGUUUAGGCUCUGUAUUUUCACUGAUUGUUAAAAGACAAGUGAGUUUUGGGAGGAAGAGGUCAGCGCUCUUAACGCGUUUGCAGUGCAGGAACAGAAACAUCUUCAGAGCUCAGAGGUCAACUGCUGUCCUUUAUUUAUGAUUCUUAAUAAUUAUGAAAACAAACAUUCCAACAAUAUCAUAUUUUAAAUAACUUAAAAUAUAAAUUAUACAUAAAUAGUGGAGAAAUUAGGGUUUUGAGUAGAUCUGCUGAGCGCAGCGAUGGGCCUUGAUCAGAAAGUGUUUCAGCUGAAGCUCAUUCCCGGUCUCGAAGAUGGGACAAUUUUUUAUCUGAAUGGGGACAGAUUGUUCUGGUUAGGUGAAAGGUCAUUCUGCCAGUGGGACCCCCACCAUCCUCACUAGGGUGGGUGUCAUGUUUGACAAUUAAACUCAGUGUUGACAAUAAGA